GAGCGCGUGGCUGGAUAGCGCUUUCUUCCAGCAGCAGCCGACGCAAGGAGAGAGUCGCAGCAUCCCCUUUCCAGGGUAGUACCAGCUGUUUACGGCGAAGGGACGGGCAGGGCAGCGGCAGGAAUAUAGGCGUUGCCAGCAUCUAAGGACUAUACCGUCGCGUCGGCACUGAAGGGCGUCUAAAUGCUGCAUUCGGGUACAAAAUCUAGUUCAUUCAUACAUUCGCGUGAACGUGCUUAAUACCGAAGGCUGUCUUUUGUUUUAUUAAACGGCUGGCUAUCGUUUUGCUAAUUUCAGACGGGGCAGUAACGAUGCGUAUGGAGCGCGGGACAGACAGUGCCGCCGCGUCGCGUGAUAUCAUAUGAUUUCAGCCUUUUCGUGACGGCAGAAUUUUAUCGUAACCGUGAACACCGGCUGAAUUUUAUUCCGGUAGCCGCAGAGAUGUCAAAGAAUAAAAAUUGCGAGACGGUCAAAGUGGUGGUGCGAUGCCGCCCACUCAGCCGAAAAGAAGAAGCGACGGGCUACGAAAGUAUUCUGGACAUGGACGUCAAAUUGGGGCAGGUAGCACUGAGAAAUCCGAAAGCGCCGCCUGGGGAAUUGCUAAAAACGUUCACAUUUGACGCCGUGUACGACGCCAGCUCCAAACAAAGCGACCUUUACGACGAGACCGUCAGACCCCUCAUAGAUUCCGUAUUGCUCGGUUUCAACGGGACUAUAUUUGCGUACGGGCAGACGGGCACGGGAAAAACGUACACGAUGCAAGGGCUGUGGAUGGACCCGGAGAAGAGGGGCGUCAUUCCGAAUUCCUUCGAGCACAUUUUCACGCACAUAUCCAGAUCCCAGAACCAGCAGUACCUGGUGCGAGCCUCCUACCUGGAGAUUUACCAGGAGGAGAUCAGGGAUCUGCUGUGCAAGGACCACGCCAGGAAGCUGGAGCUCAAGGAGAACCCGGACUCGGGCGUCUACAUCAAGGACCUCUCCUCCUUUGUGACCAAGAACGUGAAGGAGAUCGAGCACGUGAUGAACGUGGGGAACCAGACGCGGUCCGUGGGCUUCACCAACAUGAACGAGCACAGCUCCCGGUCGCACGCCAUCUUCGUCAUCACGGUGGAGUGCAGCGAGCUGGGCCCCGACGGGGAGAACCACAUCCGGGUCGGCAAGCUCAACCUGGUGGACCUGGCGGGCAGCGAGCGGCAGAGCAAGACGGGCGUCCAGGGAGAUCGCCUGAAGGAGGCCACGAAGAUCAACCUGUCCCUCUCCGCCCUGGGCAACGUCAUCUCCGCGCUGGUGGACGGUAAGAGCACCCAUGUGCCGUACCGCGACUCCAAGCUCACCCGCCUGCUCCAGGACUCGCUGGGCGGCAACGCCAAGACCAUCAUGGUGGCCACGCUGGGGCCGUCGUCCUACAGCUACGAGGAGACACUCACCACCCUGCGCUACGCCAACCGGGCCAAGAACAUCAAGAACAAGCCGCGGGUGAACGAGGACCCCAAGGACGCGCUGCUGCGGGAGUUCCAGGAGGAGAUCGCCCGCCUCAAGGCCCAGCUGGACAAGCGCGGGAUGCUGACCAGGAAGCGGAGGCGGGACGGGCGGCGGGCGAGGAAGGCCGCGGACGACGGCGGGGUGGAGGGGGAGGAGGGCGGGACCGACGGGGAGGCGGAGGAGGAGGAGGAGGAGGAGGAGAUGGAGGAGGACAUGGAGAACAACGUGGAGAAGGACGUGGAGGACUACGUGAAGGAGCAGCAGGAGCUGGAGCUGGAGAAGGCCGCCAUUCGGGACGACCGCAGCCUGGUGGCGGAGGAGAAGCAGCAGAUGCUGGAGGAGAAGGAGAGGAUGAUGAUGGACCUGAGGAAGGAGCAGGAGGCCACCGAGAUGCUCACCGCAAAAUUCAAGGCCAUGGAAAGUAAGCUGCUGGUUGGCGGUAAGAACAUCAUGGACCACACCAACGAGCAGCAGAAGAUGCUGGAGCUGAAGAGACAGGAGAUUGCCGAGCAGACGCGCCGGGAGCGGGAGAUGCAGCAGCAGAUGCUCCUGCAGGACGAGGAGACGCUGGAGCUGAGGGAGACCUUCUCCUCCCUGCAGCAGGAGGUGGAGCUCAAGACCAAGAAGCUCAAGAAGCUACACGCCAAGCUGCAGUCAGUGAAGGCCGAGAUCCAGGACGUGAACGACGAGCACGAACGCCGGCAGGAGCUGGAGCAGACGCAGAACGAGCUGACCAGGGAGCUCAAACUGAGGUACCUGAUCAUCGAGAACUUCAUCCCUCCCGAGGAGAAGAACAAGAUCAUGAACCGGCUGGUGUUUGAUGCUGAGGAGGACCAGUGGAAGUUCCAGCCUUUCGUUCAGGCGGAUGACAGUAAAUCCGUUCAGAUGAAGAGAAGGCCUACCUCUGCAGUGGGGUACAAGCGGCCAAUCAGCCAGCACGCUCAGGUUGCCAUAGCGAUGGGAGCUCACUCCAGAUACCGGGCCGAGAACAUCAUGUUCCUGGAACUGGACAUGACUCCGCCCACCACCUUCCACCUGGACUUCCUGAAGCCGGAGCAGGACCUGGCGCUGCAGCUGGGCCGGGACCUGCUGCUCGACAACGCCUCCUACAGGGAGAGGACUGCCGCUGCGCGCGUCCGGAAGUCUCGCUCCUGGUGUCAGCAGCCCUGCGGGAUCUCGUCCUCCUCCUCCAUGUGUUCCCUAAACUCAGGGGCGCAGUACCUGCCCCACAGCCAGGGGGCGACAGCCACCUCAUCUCAUCCGUGAAAGGGACAGCCCCAGCCCCCGCCCCCCCCCCCAACAGGGAGCGCUGCUGCGCUGCUCACAGCUGGGUUCUGUAUUUUCAUUUGCGUCUGUUCACCCUGCCCCCCCCUCACCCCCCCCCCCCCAAAACAUGGGAGCAGCGAAUCCCUCUUUCUUUUUCCUGCUCGUGUUCAGCGCUGAAAGGACCGUGCUGCUCUCUGAGGAGUUUUUAUUUAUUUAAUUUUAUUUUAAUUUUAAUUUUUUUAAAGACUCAGCCAGUGGCUUCCAGUGCCCUCCCCGUGUGGGAGGUGAUGUUAUUAUAUUUCACUCUGAUUAGCAUGUGGUCCUGCCCUGGAUAUGACGACAACAACAAAAAAAAAAUAAUGAACCUGAACUUCACUGUUUCCAGUAGCUAGUGGCUAAGCGAAUAGUCUCAUUCAUUUAAAAAAAGGAAAAAACUGAGGAAAUGGUAAGCUUUUUUUGUUUGUUUCUUUUUUUUUUUGUUGGGGGGGUUCAUACAUAGUCGUGACUGCUGGCAGAAGAUCAAAGCUUCAGCCAACACGCUGUUGGUUCCCAUGGUGAUUUAAUGCCUGUUUUCUCUAAAUCCUCGAUAAAAACAGAGAAACUCUUGCGGGACAAAAAAGCACCACGGACCUGAAGUCACUUGAAAUUUCACGUCAGACAACUUCUCUACCAUCACAGUUCUCAGCUUAUCGGCCUAAAUGGGCUUUAGGGUCGAAUACAGGACAGCUACAAUUAUUAUUAUUAUUUUUAUUAUUAUUGUUUACAGUUUCUCAGCAUAGAUUACUCUUCCAUGAAUGUAUGCAUUUUGUUUCAUAAGCUGAUGACUGCACGCACAGAACAGGUCUUACCUGCUUAGAAGGCCCGAGUACAGUGUGACAGGCAGUGUACAGUAGAGCUGUAAGAGGGUGAAUGUAGGUGAGAUUUCGGUUCAUCAACCCUGUUUUCUCUUUUUCCCUCUCUCUUCCUCUCUCUCUCUCUCUCUCCCACUCUGUCCCCCUCUCCUCCCUUUUCCCUCUCUCUGCCACUCUCUCACUCUCUCUCUCCCACUCUCCUUCACUGUUGAACCUGCCUGGAGUAAAGCACACAGACCACAAUACUCACGGACAUGCUGACCGUGCACGUCAACAGAAAAAGAAAACGCUCAGUCGUCCAUCGCUAACUGCCGCAUGUUGUAGUUAAUAAGGACCAGGUUCGCUUGAGCAGAACAUUCAUUUUCUGGGACAUUUUUUUUACAUAGAAUCAUAUUUUUUAUCCUAACAUUUUUCAUUCAUUCCAGCAGCUGCCAAACUAACGUUGUCUGAGAGACUCUAUACGAUGUGACAGGAUUAAACUGGUUGCAGGACCUUGUGGAUGAAGCACAUUGUAAUCACAGGGGUCGGAGCCUGGGCCUUCAUUUCGUGGGGAUCUUCUGGCACGACGGUGAUGCUGAAAUGACCGAACGAUCGAUUAACUAUCUUCUCACUGUCAGUGCUGAAUCCCUCCCCUGGUUUUCAGGACCUGGAGAAAACCGUGACACACUGAUGGACGUAUGUGACCACCAGCGGGGUGGGCGGGGUUAGUAUGAUUCCAAGGGCCUUGACUGACAGGGGCCCUCAAAAAAUUGUGGAGGGGCGGGGUGGCCUGGGGUGGUGGAGGCAAGAUUGGGAGACAUGAUCUCCCAAAUGUGAUCUCUUUUCAGGAGGCCCUAAAUGUAAUGGAGCCCCUGGAUGUGACAAACACGAAUACUAACACAAGUACUUACAGCGGCUAAAGCUUUAGUCAGUGAUGACUUCCUUAUUUAUUGUCCCUUUACUACAACAAAAACAAAAAAGAUAAAUGGAUUAAGAAGCAAGCUUUCUUAUCUCCUCUCUACUUACCUAACGUGGGGGGUGUAUCGUCUUUGUGAGGAGAAGGGCCUUCGAGCGGGCCUGCGUUGGGCCUGCGUUGGGCUUUGGAGCGGGCCUCCGUUGGGCCUGCGUUGGGCCUGUGUUGGGCCUGCGUUGGGCCUGCGUUGGGCCUGCAUUGGGCCUGUGUUGGGCCAGGAUGUUAACUGAGUGAUUGGUUAGCGGUCGCCUGGCUUGUGAGCUUGCGGGUCUGGUUGUGAAACAGAACACCGCCCCUCUCUCUGCAAGCGAAGACGAGCCGGACCUGCUGAGGGGUAGUUUGGCUGCGGGGGAGUUGGGGGUGGGGGGGUGGUGGGGGGGGAAACGGAUGAGUUUUGGAUUACGCCAAUUAAUAAAAGAGAGGUUAAGAGGGGCGAUGUCGGCGGGGAGGAGAGGAGCGAAGGAGUGAAUUAUUGAUGUAGUUCUGUUUUUUAAUCGCGCCCUCUGUGCGGAUUUGUAUUACCACUAAGCGCCCCGUUUGGGCAGACGGGUAAAACGUACGGAUCUUCCUCUCCUCUCUCUCUCUCCUCCCCUUCUCUCUCUCUCUCUCCUCUCCUCCUUCACUCCCGUGUCACUUUCAUUUCAUCUCCCGGUUUGGGGUGAGGGGGUAGAGUUACGCAACCGUAGAUGUGUGACCCCUGCGCCGAACGGGGGGCCGCCUCCGGGCAUCUGUCUGUCACUCAGGUUUGGUUGUCAUGACGACGACGUCACGAGUCACGUGAUUGGGCGAGGGCAGACCAGGCUGCACCUGUGCAGUUGAGUCUAAAUUUUGCGAUUCAAACAGAACUAAACUGAAAAUUUAUAAGCUUCGUUCAUAACGUUAGGAGUGAUUUUAUCACGGGUUUGGGGUGUUGCCAUCUGACAUUGGGGCAGUUGAUACUUAUUGCUGCAGUAUGAGGCUUCACGAACCCCGGAAUGGGCGGGGUACCCAGUCUUCUACGCGGAAUCGAUGGCAAAGAUGGCCUCACGUUUUGUCUUCUUGUCCGAACCUGCAGAAGUGUGUCAGAAACGUUCAGAUCUUCUGCGCUGUGCAAGCCAAACGCCAGGUCAGAGUUACAGCACAGCAAUGGGGGCGGAGUCUUUCGGACACAUGACAUGUGAGCACCAAUCAGCACAGGGCCUGCGGACACAUGACAUGUGAGCACCAAUCAGCACAGGGCCUGCGGACACGUGACAUGUGAGCACCAAUCAGCACAGACCGAAAAUGGCCUCGGGCACCAUUAACGGGAGCGUUUGCGCUACGAUGUCUUACGAAUCUGCCAGUACAGGAAUGACAGGGUUUAAAGCAGAGGGGUUUGUUGUUGUUCUUUCAGAUUAAAUGGUGGUGUUGUUUAACAGGUCUGGGAAUUCUGGGAAGUUUUUUUGAUGUUUAAAAAUGUGCCUAGAAUGGCGGUUCAGCAGGGUGAUGCUUUUAAUGGGGAAAAAGGUGUCUGUGCCCGAUUGGGGCGUGUUUGUGUUUGGGAGGCACAAAGAGAGCUUAAAUUUCGACAUGCAAUGUAAUUUAAAAACAUAAUUUAGAACAACAAGAGAAAUUGCCAUUUUUUCAGUGCUGUUGUUGUCGUGGAAACUGAGCGCAGCCCUGUGGUGUUCAGUGGUGAAAGUGUUCAGUCUCCUUUUCCCCCGCCAGCCUUCAGAUGAAGGGUGUCAAAUGAACAUGUCCGUCACGGUUGAUUGACGCCUGCCUGUUCUCUGUCAUGCCGGUGCCGGUGUCAGGUGACCCGUUGUCUCCUGGGCUCAUACUCUAGUCCCAGGAUCCCCAGUGUCUGCUCGGCACGGAGGGAUUUCAAUGCCCAUUCUUUACCUGGCAAGUCCUGUUAACAAGCGAGUACCUACCUGGCACAGUCUGCCCACCAUUGGCACUGCCAUCGGUGCCCUGGCAUUUUGGAAACGGGCACUCCGGCGAGCCACUAGUGGGCAAAAGAAUCCUGAUGAGGAUCAGCCUUUAACCCUUUGAAGAGUAGCAUUUGUUUGGAAUGUUUUUUUUUUUUGAGCAUGUGUUCUAGAACUCCGUCGCUUUCAGUCACCAGCAGCGAUUGUGACAUCAGCGUUAGAAUGUUCAGUGAAAAGAGCAUUCUAAUCGCAUACAUUUGUGACCUCACAUCCUCAAAGGGUUAAGAGAAUUCUAAAUGGCUGGCGGUCUGCGAUAGCCCUGGUGGAGCAGCAGCUGGCCGGAUGGCUGUCUGACAGGUGGCAGAUUUCGGAGUCGCUCGCUGCUUGGUUGUGAUCCCGUUGUGCUUGUGUUGCCGUGGUACCCUCCUCUUGGUACAGAAUGUGCUCAUGAAGCCUGGCUCUUCAUAAAAACUUGUUUCUUCUGUUUCGUCCUCCGUGUAGUUGGAGAGCACGCGUAUAAUCGGGUGUAACGUGAGUGUCGGUCACAGGGUGGGGUGGAGCUGUGGGCAGAGUACCUGCAGUCGUAGGGGGGCUGCAGGUUUGAAUCCCAGGCUGGGGCACGGCUGCAGUCCUCUGGGGAGGCAAUGGCUGUAGACCUGACCUGCUUCAGUGAGUGUCCGGCUGUAAAAGUGUAAAAGGGUAAAUAUGCAAACUGUAAGCUACCUGUGUGUGAAUGGCCUUGGCUGUGGACGCACCUGUAGAGUGAUUAUGUUGUGUAAUCGAACGUGUCUCACAGGGGCUGUAAUACUAAUGCCAGCCCCUACGGAAUAUGUGCGUCUGUGUGGUUGUGUUACUGCUCAGUGGCAGACAAAAUUUAACGAAAAAAAAAAAUUAUUAUAAUUAGCCACUCACUAUAUAAUUUCAAAGUAUGUGUCUAGAUAUGCAUUUUGAACAUGAGAUAUCUACUCUUGUCCUAUUUUCUGCCUAAGAUUUACCUCCCCCAACAACACACACAAACACACACACACACACACGUUUGCUGAUGCGUCCAAAAAAUGCUUGGUUACUCUAGAGGGUGAGUUUGAAGAAGUGCGAGUAUUCGACCACACACACUGCACAGAGUUUUGUUCACAGAGGGUGGUACCGGUCCACCCAGGCCAGUGAUCCUGUGGCAGUAUGAUACCACUACUACGAUACUACUGAUUUAUUUAGCGUCUUUUACACUGUUCAGAUUAUCAGGUUCCUUUCCUCGAUGACGAUUGUAGUCCUUCCUGGGUGUGGCUACCCCACAUUGUCCAAUAGUGAGGCAGAUAAUCUCACUGAUUGACAGGCACAUGGGAUUUUAAUGAACUAAUUAAGUUUGUUUGGAGGGGUUAGGCCUUUGCUGUGCGCACUACGACUGCCUGGACUGCCGUGGCGGUUGGCCUAAAUGCCGUCUCUGUCUGGUUUUUCAGUUCUGCGUGUGCGUCAUCGAAGGGACACGGGCUAAUAAAGCAUUUUUAUAUCAGCUGUUCGGUGCGACCGGCUCCUCUGCAGAGGUUCGGGGCUGCCGUACUUCACACAGACAGAAUAUUAUCUAUCGCUGCUACUCUGGAUACGGAAAAUAGGCCAGAGAGAAACGGUAGCGCAGUUAGGCCUGGUCUCCGUCGGCUUCUGUACCACGGCUGCAGGACUGGCCAUGGCAACAGCAGACCUUCCUUCUCUGUCAGUGCGUUGCGUCACUGAGAAAACUCUAGAGCCACAACUGACACAGGCCUUGGAAGGUUGGACGCAUCGCUGAUGAUGUCACAAUCAAACCAGGAAUCCGAAGGCAAGGGAGGGAGGGGGGAGUGGGGUCAUGUGACUGUAGGAAUUGUUACCUUUAUGAUGUCACUCUUCAGUGCGUAUAAAUGAUCACUUUUCUUCUUCUCACUUCCUGGUUGUACAACUGACCUGAACGGGCUUGAGAAGAACCCUUGCCUACGCGCUUGCAGUCUCAAAAAGCUCUUCGGUUUUUUAUUUUUAUUUUGUGUGUCCAAAACUUAAUUCUGUACUUGACUUGGUAAAUGUAAUUUAAUUGUUGUAAUCAUGUCACCAGAGAGGACAAGGUACACAACUUCCUCCGUAUUACAACUCCGCACAACCGCAAAGAUAAACCGCAUAACUAGCCGUUUGAAUGGUCUUGCAAGCAGGCAAAAUGUACACAAUGCAUUGUAUAUACUUCUGAAUGUUCUUUUGAAUGAAAAGAAAAAUGUUCAAAUUUCUUUCUGUAAUAUACUAGGGCUUUACUAUUAACUGUGUGUAAUUUUUUUUAUGUUGCUGUCUUCUUUGCUGUAUGCCUUUUUUAUUUUUAUUUUUUAAUUAAUUCUCCACUUUGGUCUGAAAUGUAUUGUGAGUGUUGGUGGCAAAAGGAAAAAUCCGGAACUGGAGUCGAACUGAGGCAGGGAACAGGAGCUGGUCUUUAUUCCUGUUUCCAUGGUGAUGUGUCUGGAAUGAGAAUUAAGGGUCAGAAUGGCUGAUAUGUGUGUGUGAGGGGGUGGUGGUGUGGGGGGGGGGGGUCAUUUAAUUUUAUUCCUUUUAGACCUUUAUUUAUUUAUUUAUUUAUUUCUCUUUCUUGCUGCCGAUCUCUGCUGUUUUUCCCCCCCUGUAAAUUUCUGAUGGAAAAAACCAAGAACAGCCUCUUAAGCGCUUCAAGAGAAAGUCCAAUAAAAAUAUGCUAAAAAAUGA